AAAGCGCCGGCAAUCAGGGCCGGGCACGCUCCCCCAGAGCCUGCUGCCCACACGCUCUCCUGUCCCCCUGCCCGCCUGGCCAGGGCCCGGCCGCUGGCCCGUGGAUGAGCCACAGGACCUCCUCCACCUUCAGAGCGGAGAGAAGCUUCCAUUCCUCCUCGUCCUCAUCCUCGUCCUCAUCCUCGUCCUCCUCAGCCUCCCGUGCCCUCCCAGCCCAGGACCCGCCCAUGGAGAAAGCCCUGAGCAUGUUUUCCGAGGAUUUUGGCAGCUUCAUGCGGCCCCACUCGGAGCCCCUGGCCUUCCCAGCCCGUCCCGGGGGGCCGGGCAACAUCAAGACCCUCGGGGAUGCCUACGAGUUUGCAGUGGAUGUGAGUGACUUCUCACCUGAAGACAUCAUUGUGACCACCUCCAACAACCACAUCGAGGUGCGGGCUGAGAAGCUGGCAGCUGACGGCACGGUCAUGAACACCUUCGCUCACAAGUGCCAGCUGCCCGAGGACGUGGAUCCCACCUCGGUGACCUCCGCCCUGAGGGAGGACGGCAGCCUCACCGUCCGGGCCCGGCGCCACCUGCACACGGAGCACGGCCAGCAGACCUUCCGGACAGAGAUCAAAAUCUGAGGACCUCCCCGUCCCUGUCCCCUCCUGCUCCCCCCCUUCUCCCCACACUGGCCUGCCAGAGAAGUUUGCCUCACCCCUCAUGACAGCUUGCAGCACUUCCCAGCUCAAGCUCCAGGCCCUGAGGUGGCUCAUCC